AUGGGCUUUCAAAAUCAGACCACUGUUUCUGAGUUCCUCCUCUUGGGUCUCACUCAGGAUCCAGAACACGAGAAAUUUCUUUUUGGACCAUUCCUGGCUAUGUACCUAGUCACUAUGGCUGGGAACCUGCUGAUUAUCCUGGCUAUUGUUUCUGAUGUUUGCCUCCACACACCCAUGUAUUUCUUUUUGGCCAACCUGUCCUUCACUGAUGUCUGCUUUGUAUCUAAUACAAUCCCCAAGAUGCUGGUGAAUCUCUAUACCCAGAAAAAGACCAUCCCCUACACUGGAUGCCUGAUACAGCUGUAUUUUUUAGUUUCAUUGGUGGCUUUGGACAAUCUCCUCCUGGCUGUGAUGGCUUAUGAUCGUUUUGUGGCCAUAUGCCGUCCCCUUCACUAUACCAUGAUCAUGAGCCCCAGGCUAUGCAUUCUUUUUUUAGUUGCAUGCUGGGUCCUCUCCAUUCUUUAUGGACUGACCCACACAAUCCUCAUGGCCACUUUGACAUUCUGUGGGCCCAGGGAAAUCAGUCACAUCUUCUGUGAGAUGUAUGUCCUACUACGAUUGGCUUGCUCUGAUACCCGGGUCAACCAAGCAGUGCUAAUCAUAACAGGUUCUCUCCUCUUCAUCAUUCCCUUUCUGCUCAUGCUUAUUUCCUAUGUUCAAAUUGUCAAGGCUAUCCUGAGGAUCCCAUCAGCUUCUGGGAAGUACAAAGCCUUCUCUACCUGUGCCUCACAUCUGGCUGUGGUCUCUUUGUUCUAUGGUACCCUCUUUGGGGUGUACUUGCAACCUUUGAAAACCUAUUCUAUGAAAGACUCAGUGGCCACAGUUAUGUAUGCUGUGGUGACACCCAUGUUGAACCCCUUUAUCUAUAGUCUAAGGAACAAGGACAUGAAGGGUUCCUUGAAGAAGCUUCUCAGAGGGAAAACUGCAUCUUGA